AUGCCCGCCUCAAAUUACCGCGUUAUUGAGCCGCAUCCUUCGGUGCCUCAUACCAGUCGACCUGCCGUUUACACUGGCCGUGGAGGAUCCGGAAAUAUCAUCAGUUUGAAGAAUACCAAGACCACCGACUCUCGCACCGCCACAGGCCCUGCCUCAUUGACACGCCUGGACUCGCGCGCUCCCACGACCUUUACUUCCGGCCGUGGUGGUGCCGGCAACGUCCACAGCUCCAGUGAACGCGCUAUGUUCAGCUUCGAUGAAGAACUCGAGCGCGAUCUUCGCCGCGCUGCCCCAGUUUACCACGUCGGUCGUGGUGGUGCCGGCAACAUGAUGUACCGAGACGACGCCAGCAAUUGCAGCUUGAGUCGCAAGUACUCCUCCACCAGCACCAACACCGCCAGCAGUUCCGGCUCCGUUGCCGACCGCGCUCGCGACAUGGCCCGCCGGGGCCUCGAAAAGGGCUGGGGCAAGCUGAAGGGUGCUGCUUAA